CAUACUCGCCAUUCACAUUUAUUUGGAUUCGGAAUCCAUUGUCGGCUCACUUACAGCACUUUGUGUGUAUGUCGCGCUGUUUUUUUUCAUUCGUUCAUUUCGUAUCAUUAUCAAUACUUGUCCCUCAGAAAAACCAGUAUCCUCAAGCCGAUAUCAUAAAUCUUAAGUUAUCGUUGAGAAAAUAAAUAAUCCAUUUUGGAUCUGGUUCAUCGAUUUACAAUACCUAAAUCUAUCGGAUUUGAAUCCAUUAAAUUCAACGUUUUUUAUCGUUUUAUUCUAUCUUUGAAUUUGCAUUUUCUUCCAUUCAAUUUUCGGUCAUUCUUGUCAUUGGAUUAAACAAUUUUAACAAAUAUGUCUGAAACGGCCAUCGAUACAGGCUCUAAUGCAGAAAAAACCAUCAAAGAGAUGAAAUCUGAUGUGAAACCAAAUAAUAAUCAGGUUUCAACCAAUAAUGUUGCAAAUGAUUCCAAAGCUCAAGUAAAAAAUGAUUUGAAAGAAGACAAUGAAACUGCUAAUACUCCUGGGCGAAAACGUAAACGAGUCAGCGAAAUAACUGAUUCGUCAUUGGUUUUGGAGACACCACCUGGAGUAGAUGGUAAUCGUCGGCAAACACGUUCUCAGACACGUGGAACGCCUGCACCAACACCGGCUCCAACUCCAGUUAAAAAGGUCUCAUUGGCUAAUAGUAAUGGUAGUAGUGCUAAUAAAGGUCGUCGAGGUCGGCCACCAAAGAGUGCCACUUCAUCAAGUGAUUCGGAAGAACCGAUCAAAAUGGAAACAACAAACGCAGCUGUUGCUGAUGAAAAGAAAAAAGAAGAAAAAACAGAACAAAAAGAUGCGGAUAUUAAACCAGUCGUUUCUGGCUCCGCUGAGGCUACUGCUCCUGCUAAAAACGAAGGCAGCAAAAAUACGAUAUCGGAUAGUUCCAAUGUUAAAGAAAUGAAAAAAUCUGAAGAUGAUGUUAAAAAACAGCCAUCAACAGAGAAACCUAAACAUACAGUUUCGAAACCUAUUUCGGUAGCUGUUUCUAAUGCUGACAAGCAAGCCGAAUCAUCAGGAAAUAAAUCAAUCACAUCCAAUAAGACUACAGUAGCCAAUGAAGUUGUCAAUAAUUCACAAUCAUCGACAACAAACAAACCAGAAUCGGCCACUAUUAAUAAUCAUGAAAAAUAGUCAACAGAAAAAAUAACAAUGAUGGUUAUGAAAAAAACAUUUUGAAAAUCACAUAGAAUUUCUUUUCUUCAUUCUUCUCGCAUUUUUUUUCUCUUUAUAAUCUCAAAUCAUCAUCAUAUGAUUGAAAUUCAUCGAUGAAUUCUGGAAAAUACACACCUUAUUCACAAUUUUUUUUGUGUUUAUCUUUUUCUCUUUACAUAGAUAGAUUUUUUUUCCACAAACAAAUACAAUAAUCAACGAUGUUAACAUUAAUUAUUUUAUAAAAUUUCAAAUCAUAAAGAAAAGAUUAUCAUCCUACUUACCCCCCAUAACCGCCCUUUUAACAAAUGAAACAAACAAAAAAGUU